AUGUCGUUCCUCUCAUCCUACGCCAACAGGCUGCAAGACGGUAGGGUAGCCCUCGCCGCUGCAGCUGGCACAGCCUCACUCCUCUACCUCGUAUCCAACUUUCGGUUGCGCUCCAAUUAUCCCAAGGUUCUCAAAGCGCCUGCCAAGAUCUACGAGCAACCGUACCCCGCUGACAUCUUGCCGAACGGUAACGAUCUCAACACGCCGUAUGGAAGCAUUCGGUAUUAUGAGUUUGGUCCUAAGGACGGCAAGAAGCUGCUCUUGGUGCAUGGCAUCUCAACACCCUGCCCUGCUUGGAGCUUGAUCGUUCCUCACCUGAUCAGAGCAGGGUACCGCAUUCUGUGCUUUGACCUGUUUGGCCGAGGCUACUCCGACUCGCCACAGGUGACGCACAAUGUAGCGCUGUUCGUUUCGCAGAUCACUCUGCUCCUCACACAUCUGCCACACUGGGACAAGUUCGAUCUCUGCGGCAUGUCAUUAGGCGGACCAAUCGCUGCGCACUUUGCUCACUACUAUCCUCACCGCGUCGACCGUCUUGUACUUCUGUGUCCUGCCGGGGGUACACCCAAUGCUGAGCUUCGUCUGCCAGUCAAACUGAUCCGCUCUCACCUGGUUCCCAACCGCGUUCUUCGUCGACUGCUUCGCUUUGUCCCCUUACUCCCUACCCCACCCAAAGGAUCUUUAGCAUGGUGGCAGGCACAGCAUCACCCAGGCUACAAAUUCAGCUUCACCUCGAGCCUACAAGAUGGACCUAUCUUCAACAGUCAAGAAGUGCAUCGUGCUGUCGCGCGCCAGUUGGGCUCGAAAUUACGCGUCAUCUGGGGUGACAAGGACGACGUGGUGCCUAUGAGCACGGCAAAGUACUUUGGACAGAUCGAUCUCGCUGUCAUCCCUAACGCUGGACAUUUCAUCGUGCUUACUCAUGCCGAGGCUACUGCUCAGCUUAUGCUCGACUUUCUUGGUUCAGGAGAGCAACGUGGAUAA